AUGUUCCCAAAAACCGCACCAGUCGAAGCCCCUGGGAAAAACAAGGUUAAAAAGGAUACCACGAGUGGAUAUAUCAAACCAUCAGAAUCUGAAAUAUUGAAAUGGAGGAAGGCUGGUCCUCUUGGCAAGCUUCACAAUAUUGUUGUCUUCAUCCGCUGUAGUCCGCAACGUAUGCAGAGGUUCAAAGAGAUCAGUGAGAAGAAGGGACUUCUUCGCGACAACGAUACAAGAUGGAAUUCCAAGUAUUAUAUGACUGCAAGAGCUAUCGAACUUGCGGAUCAAAUUGAUUACUUUUGCUCCAAAGAGAAAGACUUGAAGCUGGACUCACUCUCGGACCAAGACUGGGCUGAACUGAAAAAAGUUUGCAACUUCCUUGAAUCAUUCGCUGAUGCAACCAAGGCUACAGAAGGCCACGCGCAUACAAUUGAUCGAACGUUACCAAUAAUGGACUUCCUGCUUGGUAAGUUUGAAGCUGCACGAAUCGAAUAUGGAAGUGACGCUUUUAUGGCGCCUUGUAUUGAGGCCGGGUGGGCGAAGCUCGACGCAUAUUACACUCUUACGGAGCGUUCAUCUGCAUAUGUUGCAGCUAUUGUGCUCAGUCCUCAUCGAAAGUGGCACUACUUUGACGUUGCCUGGGAGGGCCAUCCUGAGUGGAUUGAUAGUAGCAAGACCGCCGUAGAACGUCUCUGGAAGUCUCGUUACGCACCGUUCGCCAAGACAGCCGAGUCUCCAGCUCACGUCUUGGUUGACAAGCCACCAGUGAGGAAUUCGUUCCUUGCUUGGGAAGACGAACAGGAGGAUUUUGAACUCCCUGCCCAAUUUGAUGAGUAUCAGAAUUAUAUAUCAGCCCCAAGAAUGAAGGUCAAGGACGUACGAAAGUGGUGGCUUGAGGAUACACAACAGACGCUCUAUCCAAACCUUUCCAAAAUGGCGCUCGAUCUUCUAUCAAUUCCAGCCAUGUCUGCCGAACCAGAACGCCUCUUCUCAGACACUAAAAUCACCCUCCAAGAUCGCAGAAAUAGGUUGGGAAUUAGCAUCAUCGAAGCAAUUGAGUGCAUAAAGUCCUGGUCGAAUUCUCACAAAGUGGCUUGGGUGGAUGACGUCGGGCUUACCCUGGAUACAGCAAUUAUUGAAGAGGAUGAACAAGUAUCCUCGAACAUUAUGUCUCUUAUCUAA